AUAUAAUAUAAUAUAAUAUAAUAUAAUAUAAUAUAAUAUAAUAUAAUAUAAUAUAAUAUAAUAUAAUCAUUUUUUUUCAAAUAUGUAAUUUCUGAUAAACAGUUAAAUAAUUGAUUCACCAUGUCAGAUGUGACACAGUUUGGUGAUCCCAAAUAUCUGUGAUGUGAGUCCUAAAAAGUGCAUUUGAUUACUGUACUAUAAGCAGGGAAAUGAUGAAUUACUGGGCACUUAACAGCAGUUUCCCAAGGUCAGGCAUUGCACAGACUAGCUUCAUCUCACAUUACUCUCCGGUAAUGGUAAAGCCAACCAGCUGUGAAACUACAGUAUAGGCAGCUAGAGAGGCAGGAAGCAACACCAAGCAACUGUGCAGACUAUAAUGCCAGUAUAAAUACUCUCAGUCCUGUUUAAAGAGGAAAAUAAUACACUAAUAUCAGCAAUAAAAUGCAAAGCAAAGGUGUGCUUAGCUCAAACUGCACAGUGUUGGCAGUAACACUUUGAUUUUGGUAUCUUUACCCAUGCUUUCUCAAAGUCUUGCAGACAGAAGAAAUGUGCACGAACUCAGAAACUAUGUAAUUAAUAUAGAGCUAGGCGUACACAACUGCAAAGAUUUUUUUCUCACAUAGACAUGGAGAAAGGAUGUUUCAGACUUGCACUUAAUGGAAAGCUUGAGAAUGCUAAGAGGGAAAAUACAUAAAAAUGGAGUCAUCAUGGAGAUAUUAUUAUAUUAUAUAAUAUAAAAUUAAUUAUAUAAUUACACUAUUAUAUGUUUCCCUAACAAAUAUAAUCCAUGCAUAUAAUUACUUAUUGAAUACUGAUUAAGUAAUUACUUAUUUAUACUUAUUAAGAAUUUAUGAAAUCAUAGCAUAAUGGAAAUGAUCAGCAGUAGGUGGCAAAUCAUAAUGACUCAUGGGAAAAAACAGGUUAUAUUUAGAGCUAGAGAGGCCUGAAAAGCACUUAUUGCCAACACUGCUAACUUUAAGAACAAUGAAUGGAUUGAUUUUGAUUGAACAGAAUGAUUAUACUAGAAGUGAAGUUGUGGGUUAUUCUUGGUUUUGUACUCUAUUAUACAUAAUAUCUAUGUACAAUGUUUAAAUGUUUUAUGCAUUAUAUAUGGAAUUAUUUUGGCCAGAGCCACGUUUUCUAAUUUUUCAUCUAAUCUUAGUUACUUUUAACAUCUAUAUGAUGUACAAUAUUGUAACUGCACAUGAAAAUUAUACCAUAAUUCAUAAUAUUUUGUGUUAAAACCUAAAAAUAUCCAAACAACUGCAGAGUAGUAUUUUGUAUGAAUUUGAAAGUGGAACAGAAUGCAGGAUCUCUUUGUACAAAACAUUUCUUUAAAAAAUUUCAAACUGAAUUGUUUUCCUGAUUUGGAAGAAUGGAGACCUGUGCUAUUCAUUCCAUAUUUCCUGAUGUUUUUGCUGUCAGUUUGUGGAAACUCUAUUCUUGUGUAUCUAAUAAUAACACAGAGGGCUUUGCACUCUCCUAUGUUUGUACUAAUUGGUCUUAUGGCAGUUGUAGACUUGUGUUCACCAAUGCUAUUUGUACCACAUAUGUUGUUUAGCUUUUUAUUUGAAUGGAAUGGAAUUUCUUUGGUUGGUUGUCUGAUACAAAUGUUUUGCAUUCAUUAUUCAGGGACAUUCCAGUCUACUUUAUUGUUGGCAAUGUCCCUGGAUCGUUACUUUGCUAUUUGCAAACCACUUUUUUAUCACAAGUAUAUGGAAAUAUGUAACUUUUUAAAGUUCAUUGGCAUUCCGUUAAUCAGAAAUGGAAUCUUAAUUACCACAGUAGUUUGUCUGGCAGGAAGACUAUUUUACUGUGGAAAUAAUGUGAUAGACCAUUGUUUUUGUGAACAUAUGGCAUUGGUACAGUUGGCAUGUGGAGAUAUUUCUAUUAAUAACUUGGUAGGACUUUUGACAGCUUUCCUCAUACCUGCCUUAGAUUUUGUUUUCAUUGCUGUGUCUUAUAUAAUAAUAUUCGUCACUGUUCUAAAAUCUGGUAAGGCCCACUUGAAAGCUCUUAAUACAUGUAUUACUCAUAUAAUUGUUAUCACUUUUACACUAUUUUUUGCCCUAAUUUCUUUUAUGUUAUAUAGAGUAAGAAAUCAUUUCUCUCCAAGCAGCCGUGUAUUUAUGAGCACAAUGUAUUUACUUUUUCCAAGCUGUUUUAACCCAGUAAUUUAUGGACUGAGAACAAAAGAAAUAAGGCAACAGUUUCAAAAAUUAUUAAAAUUAAUAAAUUUAUAAACAUGCAUGAAUAACUAUGGUUGGAAAGCAGGUCCAGCAUGACUGGGGCACUUCUAUGGAGUAUGUGAAUGACAAUUAUUAAAGCAAUGUUACCAGAAGUAAAUAAUUGUAUAUAUUAAACAUAUACAUUUAAGCUAUUGUUACUAUAAUAACUGUUAAAUAUCUAUGAGACAUGUACAGCAGUACAGGCAUGACAUGCUUAAUUGUGCAAUUCUGUUUGUUUUGCUCAGAUUGAUUUUCCUGCCUUCAAAGUUUGCGUUUUUAAAUUAUGCAUAUCUAUUAUCUAGCAGUAAAUUAAAAGCACAAGCAUUUAUCUGAAUGAUAUACUAUGGAGGUCAGCCAACAGCUCAUCACCCAAACUGUGCAAGCUGUGCAUGGGCCUGUUAUGAUUUAAACUGAGAAAUAUUUGGGCAAGGGAGUAGAGCUAGAAGUGAUUUGUGUAUGCACAACAUGAUGUAAACAAAAGAUAUGAAUUCCUAUCUUUGCCUUCUCAUUACAAUUAAAUGUCCACAUAUUCAAUGU